UGAAAACGAAACUUUUGUGACCGGGCAGUUUAAAUACUGAGUGGGUAUGCAGUUAUUUCAGCAGGUCCACUCGAGGCAUGGUAUUGGGAGCUUGUUAAUUUUUACAAAAGCUGGACUGCGGGCUUCAGAUCCAUCCUGUUCUUGUUUCCUUUGCGCAGAUAAAGGUGAGACCUCUGCGAGGACCUGAACACAACACACAGAGAAGAGGAAGAUGUCUGAGGCAAGGAAAGAGCUACAGGAGGCCUUGUGCCGCUACACCACAGACACCCUCACCUACAUCCACACAGUGAGAACAUUCUGUGAGAUGUUCUCUAAAUGGAUGCUCUGCAGAGACACCGAGGUAGAAAUGAUGAGGGAUAUCAAAGAUAGACUUGAAACACUUGACCUAAACAUCAACCAUGUUACUAAAUCAGAGGAAAAAGGUAAAGCCUUUGUGGAGUAUAUGAAGAGCAAGGUGAAUGUAGACAGCAAGCGUGCAGAGCUGGAGAAAGAGCUGGUCGAAGUGUUGAAGGACACUGCAAGUGGCCUGGAGAGUCUCAGCAGCUUCCUGGAUGCAGUGGAGAAGCUGGCAGUGACCUCACUGCAUGUGUUCACAGAGAAUCAGGUGUUACACCUUCCAGAAGGGAUCAGUCCUGAGUAUGUUCAGGCUGUCAUCAUGGCUGCACGAGUGAUCUGUCCUCUGCUGCUGGAGUUUAAAAGAGACGACAACGUCUUCUUCCUUCCCAAACCUCAGAAUAUGGAAGUGCUGGCAUAUCAGCUGGACAGAUACAUACAGACCUCCAAGACAAUCUGUGAGAAGUUGGACAAAAGCUGCUUCAGUGACUUUGGUCUGAAGAUGGCUGUAGAAACUGUGGUUGAUCUUGAUGUGGAUUUGUCUGAGGAUGACAUACAGAGAAUGCUUGAUCACGUAAAUCAGCUUGAUGAGAUCAGGAUGAACGAGCAGUUCCGAAUGGUGUUCUUGUUCCAGGAGGAACCGUGCCAUGGGUUCAUUAGUGAGUUCGACAAGCGACAGCCCACGAUGCUGCAGUUUCUAAAGGAGCUGGAGGAGACAGCUGUUCAGUUAGACAGAAUGAAUAUGGGGGCAAAGAUUUCCAGUGUGGCAGGCAGCUCCGUGGGAGCAGUUGGAGGUGUGCUGUCCAUUGUUGGUUUGGCAUUAAGUCCUUUCACAGCAGGAGUUUCUCUAGCUUUGACAAUGACUGGAGCCAAAGGGACCCUUGCACUCUCCAAGUCAGCAAGAGCAGGUUUCAUUGCAGUCAAUGCUCUCUUCCUCGGCAUGGAUAUUUUCUUCAUCUGUAAAGACAGCAUCAGUCUGGCUAAAGGCAGCGAGACUGAAGUCUCACAAUUCAUCAGAGCCAGAGCUGCACUUUGGAGUUCAGAGAUCGACUCAUGGCAGAAGAUGCAUGACUCUCUGAAUGAAGGUUUGCCAACAUCAGAAAAAAAGAAGGCUGUCCUGGAGACUCCAAUUUAUCUGGAGAUGGAGGUGAAGAAACAGAGUGAAGCAGAAAGGGUAGAACCAUCUGCUGAAUGAUUAAAAAAACUGCAAUGAAACAGUUGUAAAUUACUGAUCAAUGAAGUGCUCGACUCAUGCUAACUGAAACUAUGAUCAGAUCAUAGAGCCAUUUUAUGUGGAAAAUGUUUGAAAGCAAUCCUCAGACUGUAGGUCUUUUCAGUAACAGCACGCAGCGAGGCAUCCUCAUGCUGUAAUUACAUUAAUUGAUAAUGAGCCAAUUGAAAAAAUAUAUUCAUUCUAUAGUUGUGAUUACUGCAAUAUAAAGUAUCAGAGAAAAUCUUUCAAUACAAAUUUGAUUAAUAUAUAUAAUUUGUACAUAAUUUUGCUGAAAAUUUUAUUUGAACAGUCAAAUAUAAAACCUUAUUAAUAACAUUAUUUAAUCAAGUAUGCAAUAAAAUAAAAAAGAAUUACUUCCAGAUAUAGAAAUUUUUUUUCUGUAAUAGUUCUGUUAUUACACAGUAAUUACAUGAAGUUCUGGUGCAUAGAUUUUAGAACAGAUUAAAUAUUCUUGUACCAGUCUGACCAGUUUGCUGUGUGUGUACUGCACUGGUAAUUUAACAGCAGCACUAAUCACAUGUAAUGAUCAUAAUGUAAAUGUAGUCUGUUUCUUUUUGUAUAAAUACUUGUAUACUUAAAAUUUCCCUCUGUUGAUAUAUAAAGUUUUAACUUAUCCAAUGAAAUGUGUUAAUAUCCAGAAUUGUUUUAGUGAACAUAAUUAAAAAGCUAUGCCUGUGUUUGAUGAUAGGCAGCAGAUACGAAACAAAGAUUUCUUUUAAGAUUUGAAAUAAAUCCAUAAAGUAAUAUGUUUGCAUGUAUGCACGGUACUGGUUUGAUCCCAGCUGCUGUAUCAUCAGUAAUGCAAUAAGUUGCACUGUUCCUCCUCUUAUGUUAGGUGUUUUACAGGAUAAUCAAUGUUUCAUGUAAUUCAGUCAGUCAUAUGAUAAAGGAACAGGAGCACAAAAUGCAAACGGGGAUUAGAUGAUUUACAUUUGGCUGACAUCAUAGAAGUAGACACCUUUUUAAAUCUGUUCUCACACCUAAAGCAACCUGUUACACUUUUGUUUGGUUUGCAAGCUUCAGAUUAAAAUCUUCCCACAGCUGUGGUUACAGCCUGAGAGGCAGAGAUCUGAUAUAGGCACAUCCUGCUGAAGAUAAAGUAAAUUCAAACA